ACCGCGCUCCGCGGUGCUCUCAGCACACGUCGCGGUGAAUUUCUCACGGUCGUGCCUGACGUCGGCGGUCGCUGUCUCGCGCGCGUCCACUCGGCAUCGCGUCGGGGAGAUAGAGAAACGCGCGCGACGCUCCUCUCGUCCGGUUCCUUCGCGGGCGCGAGCAAGAAGCGGUCAGUUCGGCGGGCUGAAGUUGCCUUCUCUCCUCACCCUCCUCCUCCCCGCCUCCCUCCCUCUCUCUCUCUCUCUCUCUCUCUCGCCAGACACACGCGCGGCGAACCGAGCGGACCGAUCGCGCCGGGUUUUAAUGUGUAACGUCAACGAGCCGCCGCAGGAUGAAGCUCACACGGAACUGCCUCAACAACAUCGGCAAGAUGUUGGACUUCUACUCGCAAUUCAACCCCUCGCCGCUCUCGAUAAAACAGUUCAUCGAUUUCGGUCUAAGCGCCUGUGAGAGGAAGUCCUUCAUAUUCUUGAGGAAAGAACUGCCAGUACGGCUCGCCAACAUUAUGAAGGAGAUCCACUUACUGCCGGAAAACUUACUGAAGAUGCCUAGUGUGGGUAUUGUGAAUAAUUUGUACGCCACAUCCUUCGAGGAAAUAAUACACUUCGAAAAAGUCGAUGUCAACGAGACUACUUUAGACAGAUUCUGCCAAGCCCUAAUAAAGAUACGGAACAGGCAUACCGACGUCGUCCAGACAAUGGCACAGGGCGUUCUGGAACUGAAGGAGUCCCACGAUGUGGACAAUCAGACUGAGAACAGCAUUCAGUAUUUCCUGGACAGAUUCUUCAUGUCCCGCAUUUCCAUUCGUAUGCUGAUCAACCAACACACGCUCCUUUUUGGUGGGCAAUUGAACGGGCACAGUAGACACGUAGGAUGUAUAGAUCCGUCCUGUGACGUGAUCGGCGUCAUUAAAGACGCUUAUGAGAACGCACGGUUUUUGUGCGAUCAAUAUUAUCUGGCUAGUCCGGAAUUGAGAGUCAAACAGCAUAACGAACUCGAUGGUAGUAGUGAGAUUAGGAUUAUUUAUGUGCCGAGCCAUUUGUACCACAUGCUAUUCGAGCUGUUCAAAAACGGCAUGAGAGCCGUGAUGGAACACCACGGAACCGACUCGGACAAUUAUCCGCCGCUUGAGGUUUUGCUAGUGCGCGGUAAAGAGGAUAUUUGCUUGAAGAUAUCUGAUAGAGGUGGCGGCAUUCCUCGUUCACAAACGGACCAUUUAUUUAAGUACAUGUACAGCACCGCUCCACAGCCGAGCAAAUCAGAUGCUCAUACGGUACCGCUUGCAGGAUACGGCUACGGUCUGCCAUUGUCUCGAUUGUACGCCAGGUAUCUGCACGGCGACAUCGUACUGCUCAGCUGUGAGGGUUACGGAACAGACGCGAUUAUUUAUCUAAAGGCAUUGUCUACCGAGGCAAACGAGCUAUUGCCGAUAUUUAACAAGACCUCGUCAAAGUUUUAUCGCACACCGGUACCCACCGCCGAUUGGAGCAGCCAGUGUGGUGGCGGGAUGGCUACGAGGCAACUUACUAUGAGUCACGCUCAAGGCCACAGACUGCCUCACGGGAUGGAGAUCACUAAUUUAUAGCAGAACGCGAUCGAUGCGGAUCAGAAAACGAUUGGUUCUUCCUCUUUCAGGAAACUCGGAAAAAUUUUCUGUCCGCGUAUUGCCAAGGAUGCUUUGAUAGGAAAGUUAGAUCUGUAUUCGAAGCCGGGACAAAUAUUGAAGGAAUAUUCUCUAUAAACAUGAGAAGCGACUAGUUAUUAGACGGGUAAAAACACUACACAUAUUGGCCAAAGAUAAUAUUGAUAAUCUCUUCCUUGUGCCGUGAUUACAUUACAUAUCAAAUCAAUUCUACAGAUUUGAUAAUUAAGGAUUUUGUUUCGCGUCAACAUAUUUUUGGCACAAGCGUAGAACAUCAAAUUAUCUGCUACAUGUUCAGCGAAGAAAUUGUCACAGGGUUUACGAUCGAUAUUUAAAAAAAAA